CAUGCAUGCCUUUUUUUUCUUCAGACCACAAGUUACCUGGUUUCACUACCUAGCAUGGGAGCAGCAGUGAAUUCAUUGAAUGGAUUUGGCUCGACAGCCUUGGACUGCCUCGAGCUAUGUCCCAAGGACUUCAACAGCCUACGAAUCCGAGACCUCCUCGUCGAAGCAGGCGGUAAACGAGCCAAGGAGAUGACAGCUGCUAGCACCGAUCGUCUUCCACCACAAAUAAACCUUGUGUAUUAAUGCAAGUAUCCACAUCAUCAGCAGCAGCCAACAAGUCGUGCUGCAAACCAAUGAAGUCGAUGGGGCGACGGUUCAAGAAGUUCCUCGACUACGACACCAAGUGGAUCGACGAAAUGAAAGGAUCGCUCCUCGUAGUGGCCGCCCUCAUAGCGCAGAUGAGCUUCCAGGCCGCAAACAACCCGCCAGGCGGGGUGUGGCAGCAGAACGUGUCCAACUCUACCGAGGGCUUCGGCUGCGAGGACACGAACAGCACCCUGUGCAUGGCUGGGACUUCGGUCCACGCUUACAGAGACCAGGAAGUGCUCUACAUCUUCAUGGGGCUCAACACGACGGCGUUUGGCGCGUCUCUGUGCGUCAUGCUUCUCAUCAUCGGCGGGUUCCCUCUGAGGAAGAGGUUCUUCAUCUGGAUGCUGGCGCAAGCUAUUUGCUGGGCCAUGGGCUGCAUGACGGCUGCUUUUGCGUUUGGUGCGGUGUUGGUGACGCCGAUUAAGGACGAGGCACGAGUUCGAGUCGCGGUGGUGGUGGCGUUUCUUCUGGGAGCCUGGUUGUUGUCGUUUCUGGUGAUUAGUCUGCUCGACACGCUUCGUUUUUUCAUCUGGCUUGGGAGAAAGUUGUGGAACUGGAAGGUCGGACGAAGAGCAGUGGCCUGUUGUUGUGUUUGUGCAAGGCCCGGUGAUCAUGUUGUCUAAAAGCAGGGGUCUGGAUUUUCGAACCCAGACCGAUUGAAGUGCAGACUCAGUUGGAUGCAGGUCGAUGCCUAUUGUUCAGCGUGUUUUCUAUAUUUAUUAUGAAGAAUAUAAUUCGGUGUUUGAAUUUAAAUGUGUUUAUGUUUGCGUUGUCUUUUUUAAUGUAAUUUUUACUUUUUUGUCCUUGACGAAUGUAAAGGUGAUAUCAUUCGAAGGAGUGUCCGCUAGCUGUUGUUAAGAAAAGUGUAUUUCAAUGAUACCAAUAAGUUUUUGACGUUCGUUAUAUAAAAUGCUCAAAUUAUUAGAUUUUAUUUGGCUUGAUUGAAUCUUAAAGAUUAACCAUUGAAGAAGAAAACAAUGCUUCUAAUGUUUUAUUAUUGUGAUAUAUUCAUCUCGAACCAAUCCUUAAUGGUAUCACUUUAAAGCUCCAUACUACAUCAAAAUCAAAAUAAUACAUCAAGAGUCUAUUACUCAAAUCUGGCCAACAAUUUUAUAAGAAAAAGAAUGCAUGAAUAUAUUGGUCAAUAUCCUCCAUCAUCAACACAGACAAUGGCAGUGGUGGCCUUCGGAGGUUUGCUUGCAGAGUGCACCUUUACACUCCUGAAUGCAAAACUCAUAGCAGUUCCCACCAGGUGCGUCGUUUUGCCCAGGAAUACACUCUCCCAUGUUAUAUUACUCUCUGCAACAUAUCGAAUCGAUGGUCACGUUACUCAAACGAUUCUCAAAAAAUUGAGUACCUGAGACGUUGCUGAGAGCCAACAUCGCCACCAGAAGCAUUACAAGACACCCAACUCUCACUCCUCCACUGGCCAUGCUAUGAUCAAGAUUAUUGCUUCUUAGUUUUUGUUUGUACUGAUUCAAAGUUCUAUUUGGCUUUGGAAUGUUUUCCUCAUUGAGACCAAACAAGGGUAUUUAUAGGGGUUUGAUUGAUAAAGAAUUGGGAAGAAAGUAAACAUGCGGAGAAUGGGAUAUUUCAUUCUGGUCAUGUGAUGGAAAUUAUUUAAUUGUUGUGUUAUAUAUGGAAAAAUUUAGCCGGAAUAAUUUGGAAAAUGUAUCAGCUUAAUUAGAAAUUCUAUUAAACUUCACAAAAAAAUUCUAUUAAACUGGUCAAAAUAAAAUUUAGGUAAAUAUAUUAGAAGUGAUAAGAAUUUUUUUUGAAAUGGAAAUUCUGUUUUUAGCAGGAUAAUUAUAUUUGGGCUUGACCGUUGUCCGCAUAAAUUAUUAUAUAUUAAGACUUCAUAAAAUUAUUAUAAGUAGAUUCGAGGGGAAUUUUUUUAAUUAUAGGUAGUUAGGGUUAAUAGCACUUUAUAUUUCCCUGUAUUGCAAGUUAAUAGGCAUAUUACUCGGCAUAGUGAAAGACAUUUUACGAUAAAAAAUUAGAUCAACAGUGCUUUUCAUUCUACUUUGGUUUUGUCCAAAAGUCAAUUCAAUUCAUUUUUCUUCUCUAUUUAUAGAAUUUAUGGACCAAAAACCGAAUCGCAGUCGAUUCCGGUAUUGAUCGAGUUCAAAUGUCGUUUUUAUCCGGUUGCAUACCCGUAAUGUAACCCCUCCUGGAACAUGGGCCUCUGUCCAAUCAACCCCUAUUAAUCUUUCAUUUAAAAGUUACAAAAGCCCAUGGAAGGAGGAGAACAUGAAGCACAGACCCAAUUAGCAAGCCCAUACUUGACAUCCACUUGUUUAAGGGCCGAAUACGUUGGACCUAUUGUUUGCCAAUAUCCACUUACGUCGGUCAUGUUCUGAUUCGAAUCUGACAACAUUGGUUUUGAAGCUCCGACCCUUUGGUGACUGUAUAUCUUUGGGACAAGGCCAAGCUGAUACCUUUCGUCGCAGAAACCAAUGUGAUGGUGGUCAGGAAGUAUCUUUGGGACAGCUCCACGGUCAACAAAAGUAGCGUCCAACAGCUUCCCAGGAGCCUUCUUGAUUUGAAAGAAAAAGGUAGAUUCCGA